UGAGACAGUGGAUCUGUGCACAUGAAGGGCACCAGUUGUUAGUGAUCAUAAAAACAUGUGCCUUAACCCUUCAUAGAUACAUUUAACCGGUAGCCAGUUGUUUUUUGUAUUGCUGUUUGCCUAAUCACAUUUCGCUAUUAUUUAGCUACGCAUUUCUCGCAAAAAAUAGUGACCAGAAACUGAACUCACAAUUGUCGCUCGGUGAGGUUGUCUCCACGAGUGCCCGCUAGGCAGGUUUCUUCGGGGAAUCAGGAAGCGACGGAGGCUACCUGCAAAUGCUAACGCUGGCGAGAUUUGUUUUGCAACGGUUGUUCAUCUGACAGUGUUGACCUAGCAGUGGUUAUGGAUGCAUUCGGGUCCUGAUUGAACUCACACAUCAUGGCAACGGACGAUGCAGUCUCACGUGGUCGUCCUGUGAAACCCCGACCACACUCAGGGGGACUAUCACUUUGUCCGCUCCUUCGUAGCUGGAGGUAAGGGCGGAGGUGUAGCAGGAUGAAGUGCCAAAUACACCAUCGCUCCUCUGGACAGAGUGAAGAUCUUACUGCAAGCCAACAGUCCCCACGACAAAGACCUGGGUACGAACUGGAUAACUCUGCUGCGGUGGAAGUGUUACUGAACAUGUAAACAUGUGUGUCUUUUGUCAGUUGGUUUGUCAGUGUCACUCAUGUAUCACCCCUCCCAUGGACAUCUGACACGGGUUUUCCUUCUUCUACCACCUGGUUGCAGAGAAAACUAAACUAUGACAUCUUGCUUAUUUCUCUCCUUCGCUCUCUCUCCCCUCCCUCUCUCCUCGAGGUGUGGUAGCUACUCUCCGUGUCGUGCCAAGAAAGGAGGGUUAUUUGGGGCUCUAUAAAGGCAAUGGGGCCAUGAUGGUCAGGAUAUUCCCCUACGGAGCUAUCCAGUUCAUGGCCUUUGACAAAUACAAGAAGAUCCUCAGUAAACAGCUGGGCAUCUCUGGACACAUCCACAGGCCCGUGGUCGGUGCUAUGGCAGGGAUGACAGCAGUGAUAUGUACGUACCCUCUUGACGUGAUCAGAGCCUGUCUGGCUUACCAGAUGAAAGGACACCAUCGCUACACGGGCAUCAGAAAUGCCUUCCAGACCAUAUACCUAAAGGAAGGAGGCAUCCCUGGCUUCUACAAGGGACUGAUCCCAACUCUUAUAGGCAUGACUUCAUAUGGUUCUUGUGCAUUACCUUCAGCACGUUGAGGACUUCCCAGAGAUGCUGGGACGACCGUCCUCAGACAACCCAGAGGUGCUGGUGCUGUA